GCAGCGACCGCGGGCGGCCAGCCAGGGCCAGGGGGCGGUGGCGGCCACCGUCCGGCCGGGUGCCAGCUGUUCCCGGCGCCGCCAUGGGCAAGAAGCACAAGAAGCACAAGGCCGAGUGGCGCUCGUCCUACGAGGAUUAUGCCGACAAGCCCCUGGAGAAGCCUCUAAAGCUAGUCCUGAAGGUCGGAGGAAGUGAAGUGACUGAACUCUCAGGAUCCGGCCACGACUCCAGUUACUAUGAUGACAGGUCAGACCAUGAGCGAGAGAGGCACAAAGAAAAGAAAAAGAAGAAGAAGAAGAAGUCCGAGAAGGAGAAGCAUCUGGACGAUGAGGAAAGAAGGAAGCGAAAGGAAGAGAAGAAGCGGAAGCGAGAGAGGGAGCACUGUGACACGGAGGGAGAGGCUGACGACUUUGAUCCUGGGAAGAAGGUGGAGGUGGAGCCGCCCCCAGAUCGGCCAGUCCGAGCGUGCCGGACACAGCCAGGCAAGGCCGAAAAUGAGAGCACACCUAUUCAGCAACUCCUGGAACACUUCCUCCGCCAGCUUCAGAGAAAAGAUCCCCAUGGAUUUUUUGCUUUUCCUGUCACGGAUGCAAUUGCUCCUGGAUAUUCAAUGAUAAUAAAACAUCCCAUGGAUUUUGGCACCAUGAAAGACAAAAUUGUAGCUAAUGAAUACAAGUCAGUUACGGAAUUUAAGGCAGAUUUCAAACUGAUGUGUGAUAAUGCAAUGACAUACAAUAGGCCAGAUACCGUGUACUACAAGUUGGCGAAGAAGAUCCUUCACGCAGGCUUUAAGAUGAUGAGCAAAGAGCGGCUGUUAGCUUUGAAGCGCAGCAUGUCGUUUAUGCAGGACAUGGAUUUUUCUCAGCAGGCAGCUCUUUUGGGCAAUGAAGAUACAGCUGUUGAGGAACCUGUCCCUGAAGUUGUACCAGUACAAGUAGAAACUGCCAAGAAAUCCAAAAAGCCGAGUAGAGAAGUUAUCAGCUGCAUGUUUGAGCCUGAAGGGAACGCCUGCAGCUUGACGGACAGUACCGCAGAGGAGCACGUGCUGGCGCUGGUGGAGCACGCAGCUGAUGAAGCUCGGGACAGGAUCAACCGGUUCCUCCCAGGCGGCAAGAUGGGCUAUCUGAAGAGGAACGGGGACGGGAGCCUGCUCUACAGCGUGGUCAACACGGCCGAGCCGGACGCUGAUGAGGAGGAGACCCACCCGGUGGACUUGAGCUCGCUCUCCAGUAAGCUCCUCCCAGGCUUCACCACGCUGGGCUUCAAAGACGAGAGGAGAAACAAAGUCACCUUUCUCUCCAGUGCCACUACUGCGCUUUCGAUGCAGAAUAACUCAGUAUUUGGCGACUUGAAGUCGGACGAGAUGGAGCUGCUCUACUCAGCCUACGGAGAUGAGACAGGCGUGCAGUGUGCGCUGAGCCUGCAGGAGUUUGUGAAGGAUGCUGGGAGCUACAGCAAGAAAGUGGUGGACGACCUCCUGGACCAGAUCACAGGCGGAGACCACUCUAGGACGCUCUUCCAGCUGAAGCAGAGAAGAAAUGUUCCCUUGAAGCCUCCAGAUGAAGCCAAGGCUGGGGACACCCUAGGAGACAGCAGCAGCUCUGUUCUGGAGUUCAUGUCGAUGAAGUCCUAUCCGGACGUCUCUGUGGAUAUCUCCAUGCUCAGCUCUCUGGUUUCUUUCAGGGCCUGCCGUCUAUCACGUGAUGCUGUACUAAAGUUGGAUCGGAAUUUGGUGUCUUAUUACCACGGAGUCUGCUUUGUCAACCUUCAGAUUUCUGUUUUAAAGUUAAUGCUGGUCAGCUGUGCCUGAAUUCCAAAAGAGGGGAUAAUGAGGCAAGUCCAGUCCCGCUUCACAUCAUGGCCUGACCUCAUUUUCCAGGUUGACUUUGGAGUGCCCUUGGCCAAGAGUGGGAAUCCGUUCAGUCCAUGGGGCUUAGAAUUUUAUUUUUCAUUUACAGAUGUUUCCCUGACUCCUGUGAGUCACUCUAGGAAAUUCAUAGAGCUCAAGUCUGGUCUUCUGGGAACCCCAUUUGAUAGCUGGUUAGUCGGAAGCACAGACCACAGCCUGGGGCUUUCAGUUGGCAUCAGCCGGUGGGGCCAUCCUGGAGACUGUGCCCUCACCUGGGAGGCUGCCGGUGCAGCGCCCCCCCCAGCUGUUCUGACCUCCAGCAGCAUUUGUGGUGCCUGGAUCCAUGGGUCCCACUGCUUCGCGUGGUGACAUUCCACCUGUCUCUGCUGGCUCUGUUCAGGCACUUAUGGCCAUGAUUUAUUAUAGGGGAAGGGUGCCAACAGCAGCAGAGGGACAAGAGUGACAUCCAAGGAAAUCCAGCGUGAGGCCCAGAUCCACUCCCAGCAGAGGCACGUGGGACACGCUUAAUUCCCAGGAGUGCGCUGUGACAACACAUGUGAAAUGCCCACCAGGGAAGCUCAUCAGAGGCUUGGUGCCCAGGGUCACUGGGGUCUGGUCACAGGGUACCCCCUUGCCAGGCAGGUACCAAAAUCCAGACCCCGGAGGGAAGGUGAGCUUUAGCAUAAACCACUCUGUUCCUGUUGUUGGAGCUGUGAACAAUCCCUAGCACUGGGGGGGACCCCAGAUGCCAGCCGUGGCUGGCCUUGCCUUCCAGGGGACCCUGGCCCCAGGCCGCUGUGACAGCACUUUUCUGCACAGCAGCUGUUUUUCUCAGCACUUCUAAGAUUUUGUCCUUAUUACUACUUCUCAGCAGCUUGGUGCUGAUGGGCUUUGGUGCUGAUGUGCUGUGGUGUGUUAGUCUGUCCUCACACUGUUAUAAAGAACCACCUGAGACUGGUCAUUGGUGAAGGAAAGAGGUUUUAUUGACUCACAGUUCCUCAGGCUGUUUGGGAGGCAUGGCUGGGAGGCAUCAGGAAACUUCCAAUCAUGGCGGAAGAUGAAGGAGAAACAUGCAUGUCUUCACAUGGCGGAGCAGGAGAGAAUGCAAAGGAGGAAGUGCUUUGAAACAACCAGAUCUCAUGAGAAGUCACUCACUAUCAUGAGAACAGAGAACAGCAAGGGGGAAAUCCAUCCCCAUGAUCCAAUCAUCUUCCACCAGGACCCUCCCCUAACAUUGGGAAUUACAAUUCAACAUGAGAUUUGGGCAGGAAUACAGAGCCAAACUGUAUCAUUCUGCCCCUGACUCCUCGAAUCUUUUGUCCUUUUCACAUUUCAAAACACAAUCAUGCCUUCCUAACAGUCCCCUAAAGUCUUAACUCAUUCCAGCAUUAACUCAGAAGUCCACAGUCCAAAGUCUUAUCUGAGACAAGGCAAGUUACUUCUUCCUGUGAGCCUGUAAAAUCCAAAACAAGUUAGUUAAUUCCAAGAUACAAGUCGGGUACAGGCAUUGGGUAAAUAGACCCAUCCCAAGAGGGAGAAAUCAGCCAAAACAAAGGGGCAGCAGGCUACAAAUCUGAAACCCAGCAGGGCAGUCAUUACAUCUUGAGGCCCCGAAAGAAUCUUCUUUGAUUCCUUGUCUCACAUCCAGGCUACACUGAUGCAAGGGAUGGGCUCCCACGGCCUUGGGCAGCCCCGCCCUUGUGGCUCUGCAGGGUACAGCCUCUGUGGCUGCUUUCCCUGGCUGGUGUUGAGUGCCUGCAGCUUUUCCAGAUGGCAUGGUGCAAGCUGUCAGAUCUACCAUUCUGAGGUCUGGAGGACGGUGGCCCUUUUCUCACAGCUCCACUAGGCAGUGCCCCAGUGGGUACUCUGUGUGGGGUGAGGGCUCCAACCUCACAUUUCCCCUCUGCACUGCCCUAGCAGAAGUUCUCCAUGAAGGGCCUGCCCCUGCAGCAGACUUCUGCCUGGACACCCUGUCUUUUCCAUACAUCCUCUGAAAUCUAGGUGGAGGCUGCCAAACCUCAGCUCUUGCCUUCUGCCUACCCACAUACCCAACACCACAUGGAAGCUUCCAGGGCUUGGGGCUUGCACCCUCUGAAGCAUCGACCCUUUUAGCCCUGUACCUUGGCCCCUUUUAGCCAUGGCUGGGACACAGAGCACCAUGGCACAUGUCCCAGUGCUUCACAGAGUAGUGGGGCCCUGGGCCUGGCCCACGAAACCAUUUUUCCCUCCUAGACCUCCAGGCCUGUGAUGGCAGUGUCUGGGCAAAGGUCUUUGAAAUGUCCCUGAGGUAUUAACAUUUGGCUCCUCUUUACUUAUGCAAAUGUCUGCAGCCUUCUUGAAUUCCUCCCCAGAAAAUGGGUUUUUCUUUUCUACCACAUGGCUGGGGUACAAAUUUUCCAAACUUUUACACUCUGCUUCCCUUUUAAAUAUAAGUUCCAGUUUCAGGUCAUUUUUCUGUUUAUGCAAGUGAGCAUAGGCUUUUAGAAGCAGCCAAGUCACCUCUUGAACGCUUUAGUGCUUAGAAAUUUCUUCCAGCAGGUGCCCUAAAUCAUCUCUCUCAAGUUCAAAGUUCCACAGAUUUCUAGAGCAGGGUCACAGUGCUGUCAGUCUCUCCUAAAGAAUAGCAAGAGUGACCUUUGCCCCCAUUCCCAAUGAGGUCCUCAUCUCCAUCUGAGACCACCUCAGCCUGGAAUUCACUGUCCAUAUCACUAUCAGCAUUUGAAUCAUAGCCAUGCAGGAAGUCUCUAGGUAGUUCCAAACUUUCCCUCAUCUUCCUGUCUUUAAGUUCUCCCAGCUGUUCUAGCCUCUGCUCAUUACCCAGUUCUACAGAGCAUGUCUGUAGUCACUGUUCUUACACUUUGUCUACUGAUUCCCUGAUGUCAGCUUUGAGUCUCUCCUAGUUUGGGGCUGUGUUUUCCUGCCCCUUCGUGUGUGUUGGAAUCAUUUACUGGAUACCAGGUGGAGUUUGUAGUUGAUGCCGUUGGGUGAUAGGUCUGCUUACACACCUUUGAGGCCUGGCGGCCUUUGUUCUGAGUUUGAGAAGUGGCUUAGACUCUGUGGGACCUUCCCCAGGCAUUGUCAGGGUAAGCCCAGAGUCACCCUGGGGAGGGUGAAGCUGGUCCCCUGGCUGGUGGGGCUCAGGUGACCACAGACCUGUGUGCAGUCUCUUGGCAUGUCUGGUGCACAGUUCAGGAGUGGGCUGGGAGCUCAUCGUUUCCACCUCUCAGCUGGACGUGCUGGGUCCCCGAUGGCUGUGGCCUGGAACCUGCUCCACAGUGAACUGGGCGGGUACCAGGGUCUGCCGGCCUCUUGCACCCUCCAUCCAGCUGUCUGGCCUUUGUGUGUUGAGGACAGGAGCCCACACCAGGCCCAUCCUGGGUUGUGGCCACAUCCCUCCACGGUGUCUGUGCGUGACAUGACGUGGUCUGUGCGGUGCUAGGUCUUGUCUGAUGCUUUGCUUGAGCAAAGGACCCUCGGUGUCUGCCUUCCCUUCACUCACUGCUAAGGGUAAUGUCUGUCCUCCAGGCCUGUCCACCUGUCUGCUGUGAGCUCGUCCACUCAGUUUCCAGAGCAAUUAUUGUCCUGAGCGGAGAGGCCUGUCUGUAUGGGCAGUGUGCUCCUGCCCUUAGGGUAGACGGGCCGGCUGAGCUUAGCCGACGUGAGGUCAUG